AUGCCGUUCGCGGAGGAAGGAAAAAAGGUGAACAUGCAGCGGACGUACUCCGACCCGGAUCUGCCGCAGCUUCUGCCGCUGCCUGCGCGGCCCUCCUCGUCCUAUGAGCCAAGACCCAAGGUGAAAGAAGCGGCGCAGUUCACCGACGAUGUCAUGCAGGCCAUGGCCGAGAAGCUGGGCGUCAACGUCAUGACACAGCCGGAGUUCAACUGGGUCAUCCGCGACUGCCUGCUGUCGCUGAGAGAUGAAGGAUGGACCUGUCAGGUGCGGAAUGGCGACUUGGAGUAUUGCUACAAGUACAAAGAUGAAACACGCCCGUACCAUCCGAUCGCCGAGGCGCAUCGCAAGUUGGCCGAACGCCUCAUGGCCUCGCAGCAGGAGCUCCAAAUGCAUCACUUGGAUCCGCAUUAUCGUGUGCGCCAUCACGUGUACCGUUCCAUCAUGGGAGAGAAGGAUGUCCGAAGAGUAUGCACUCCCAAACUGAUUGAGGAAGUGAUGAAGGACCUGGAUGUGAGCCCCUCUGACGAGCCCUACUUGAUCCGAAGGAUCAAGACAUCGGUAGAGGACGCCUACUUCAGGUACAAGCGCACGGGGAAGUUUCAGACGACCAUCGAGAACUGUAUCGAUGUCGAGUCCAUGGUGGUGAAUUUGGAGUUGGAUCGCGUGGGUUUCAUGAAGAAGAUCAGUCCCUCAGGUCUCUUGUACUGUGUCGAGUGUCAGACCGCCCUAGGAGAUGUGAUUUCCGCUGGCUGCCACGACGUGCUGUGCAACCAGUGUGCGGUCGAGACCCACAGCACGGGCAACCGACAGGAUGCGCCCUUGGUGUUCAUUGAACAAGCCGUGUGUGCAGAGUGUACCACAAAGGCAGCCUUGGUCCGCUGCCAAGACUGUGUGGAGCUCUUCUGCUACGACUGCUUCAAGCUGACGCAUGCCGCAGGGACCGAAACGCAACGCGAAGGGAGGGCAAACCUUGGGAGCUUGGCGGAUGGUGACUUUUUGGGCGGUGGUGUAGAGCCACCCGCGAACAUCAGCACCAAGAAAAUUCUCGAAACCAUUGCUUCGCUGCUGGCUACAAAGGACAAGGACUACAUCGAACACGUCAAGAAGCGCGCCAGAGAACACAAGUUCAAGUUCAAAGGCUUAGAGAUCAGCGAGGACAUGGUGGUGGAAGCCUUAAGCGGUGCUUCGACAGAGGAAGCCUCCAACGGCGCUGCCACUGGCCCCGCCACCGGCACCACCGGCCCCGCAGGGCAGCGCUGGGUGCCCAGUGAGGCGUCCCCUGCGGCGCUGGCGGCCAAGGCGCUGGCGGAGUGUGAGGAGGCAGAGCCCUACAACGAGCGCGUCCGUGUGGUGGGAAACCAAAAGGUCCAGGUCCUUCCGAAGCCAGACAACGGCCUGCUGCCGACUGGAGAUGCCCUGGAAGCAAAUCAAUGGGCCGAGACAUGCGCCCGUGUGGUGAAUCGAAAGGAUGGCCGUGUGUAUGUAAGGCUUCGGCACAUCAACGGUUGGAUUUCCAGUCGUUCCAGGAAGGACUUUAGCAAGGUGGUGCUGGAGGUGGAGUCUGGAAAGGAGCUGGAGCCGGCCAGUACACAGGUCAUCGGCCGCAGUCGUGUGGCCCGGCUCAUGCCACUGAUGAAUCAGGAAGGCCACCUUUUGAUCGAGCGGAAGGAGGCUUUCGCGGCGCGGCGCUUCCGGACCACCAUCCAGGUGCAGAUCUUGCCAACUCCCGAUUCAACAGGAGCCGCUGCCAAGCUGAACGCCAAAGAGGAAUUUCUGGCGGACGGAGCUUAUGUGAAAGCCGCUGAUGGCAGAGCAUAUUUGCAUCUCAAGGACGGCAAGGGUUGGAUCUGCGAACGCGCGAAGGCGGACUUCUCCAAACUCGCGGUAGAGCCCUGUGGAACUGCGGAAGACUUCUUGGAGGAGGAGGAUGAGGCUGUUGCCCCGGCGGUGCGCACGCGGGAGGCUGGCAAGAAGGUCAUCAUGCUGGAGAAGAGUGAAGCACUUGGAAAUGAUGCAGAAGAACCAGGUGCCAAAGGUGCCGCGGAGGAUGGCUCCGCCGUGUUCCGUUCCGAUGCCGAACUGUGGCCGGAGGAGCUCAAGCCGAAGGCCAUCAAGAAGUCUUUGCGCCUCCAAUUGCGACGAUUGUACCUCCUUCAUGGACAAAAAGUGAAAGACUGCAACGAGGACUUGAAGGAGGUGACCGACCGAGCUGCAACCUUUGGCCGGGCAUGUCCUGCGCAGAAGGAACUCCUGCAAUACGCAGAAGCCUUGAGGAAAGAAGCGGACAAGGCUAAGAAGGCCUGGUCCGAUGCUGUGAAGGCUCUGUUGAGGGAGAACCCUCUGGAGGACCAGCCUGCACCCACGGUCGCUGGCUCUGGCGUCUCGCCAGUGCAAGUGCGUGGUGGCCGCUGGUACUGUGCCAUGCUCCAGCACACGGAGGAGUCAGGUGGGGUGACUCGUCAGUGUGGACCUUUACGCAUGAGCCAUCAAGAUGCAGCCGCUGAUCUCCAGCGCUUGCAGGAGGCAAAGGACGAGAAUCUAAAGAGAAAGUCGGAAGCUCCACAAGAGGCUGAACCCGCGAGCAAGAAGGGCAAGACCAAAGCCUCGUACAUCUGCACCGAGUGUGAGGACGCCCUGUGCUCUCGCUGUUCCGCGCAGAUCCAUCGCGUGGGCGCGCGGCAGAACCACACUUUGUUUGGCCUCCGAAAGGCCGCCUACAGCAAGCGCCUCUUCGCCGACAACUUGGAUCGCCACUUCGAAGAAGUGUUAGGCGUCAAAGGGGUGUCAGCGGCGUCCCCUCUCGGGGAAGCCGCCGGGGCCGCCAUGGCCGCGGCCGUGGCCGCGGCGGUGCGGCGCCGCGAUGAGAAUCGCCGGGACGGCGACGACGGCGACCCGGUGGUGCGGACCGCGACGAAGACCACCGUCGUCGCAGAGGAUUUGCUGCCACCGAAGACGGAGUCUGGUUUUUGGAAGUACCAGCGAGAGGCAGCACGAGUCUACUUGGGCAUUCGCGUUCAGUUGACCGUGGCUGGACUUAUUGGCGGAAACUUCCUGAUGAACAUCAUUGAGAAAUGGAUCGAUCCAGAGGGUGAUCAGCACCCGGGUGUGUGGUUGGGCUUCGAUAUCUUCUUCAACGUGAGCUUCACCAUUGAGCUGAUGUGGAACAUGUAUUCCUUCUGGCUCUGUCGGUUCUGGAAAUCCGCCUGGAACUGUUUCGACGUCGUGGUGGUCUCGAUCGGGCUGAUGAACUACGUCCUGCCAGACCUGCCUGGGCCCUUAGGGCUGCUACGGAUGAUGCGCGCCUUCCGCGUCUUUCGACUCUUCAAACGUGUGGAGUCCCUGAGGAAGAUCAUGCAGUCCCUGGGCAAGGCGGUGCCAGGGGUGGCCAACGCCUUCUUCAUUCAGGUCUUAGUGAUGUCCAUCUAUGCCAUCUUGGGGGUGGAGUUCUUCAUGAACUACGGAGAGACUGGCAGUUACACCAAUGAACUGGGAGAAGUCGUUGAAAUCACUACGGCACGGGAUCUCCAAUAUGGUUACGAGUACUUCGGGAACUUCGGGAAGGCAUUGUUCACCAUGUUCCAGGUCCUCACUGGCGAGAGUUGGUCAGAGGUGGUCACAAGGCCUAUGUUGCAUACUACGAAUCCCACGCAAGCGAUCGGUGUGUCCUUUUUCUUCGUGAGUUUCAACUUGGUCAAUGGCAUCGUGCUUAUUAACGUGGCCAUUGCGGUGCUGCUAGAGAAGAUGGUGGACGAUGAAAGCGACAAGCAUCAUCAUGAGGUACUAGAGGAACCGGAAGAGUCUCCCUCCAUCGGCUUCGACGAAGUCCGAGCCUUCGAGGAUGACGACAAGGUGGCAGUUCCUGAAGACCCCCCAGCCGUUUCGACCAUGGCCGCGAAAGCCGCGAAAGCCGACGGCCAAACGAAGGCAUCGAAGGUGGCCAAGGUGGCCAAGGGCGAUGGGGUGCGACUCGAUGCCAUCGGUGCCAUGGAAUCGGAUUUCCUGAGUCUCAGAACUGACAUGGCCAAGAUCAAGUUGCAGAUGUCGCAGCUCCUCACGGUGUUGAAGGAGAGACAAACGAAGGCCGGCGCCGGACUUCCGAGCGACAUGGAGGCGACGCGUGAGCAAUGUGAGCAGCCGGCCAUGCAGGUGAAGAGUAUGUGAUGCUGAGCCGCCGAGCUGGUGGCUUAUGCGUCCGAAUUAAUUCCAGG